GAUAAACACAACACAACACCAUUAUCCAAAUACAUUCCCACACUUCUUCUUACGCUUUCUCUUUAUUAUCAAUAAUCAAUAAUUAAUAAUUUAGAUUAACCUAACCCUCAUUCUUUUUUACCUAUUAAUUUCAUUUCAUCCUUAUCCUUAGAUCUCGCACCAAUUUCUUUUCACAUUCUUUUCUUUUUCAGUUACCAAGUAUAACAUUUAAUAUUUCAAUUUUCAAUUUUUCAUUUUUCAAUUAAGCGUUAUUAUCGUUACUGGUUAGAUUAGGGUUUCAGAUUUUUUGUUUACCCUAAUUUUCAAUGGAACCUCGCGUUGGGAAUAAGUUUCGUCUUGGUAGGAAGAUCGGUAGCGGCUCCUUUGGAGAGAUCUACUUAGGUACUAAUAUUCAAACUAAUGAAGAAGUUGCAAUUAAGCUUGAAAAUGUCAAGACUAAGCAUCCUCAAUUGCUGUAUGAGUCCAAGUUGUACAGAAUUCUCCAGGGAGGAACUGGAAUUCCAAAUGUUAGAUGGUUUGGAGUGGAGGGAGAUUACAAUGUCUUAGUGAUGGAUCUGCUUGGACCUAGUCUUGAAGAUCUUUUUAACUUUUGUAAUAGAAAGUUAUCAUUAAAAACAGUUCUCAUGCUUGCUGAUCAAAUGAUUAACCGGGUUGAGUUUAUUCAUACUAAAUCAUUUCUACACCGAGAUAUCAAACCGGAUAAUUUUCUAAUGGGGUUAGGAAGGCGUGCGAACCAGGUUUAUGCUAUUGAUUUUGGUCUGGCUAAGAAAUACAGAGAUAGUUCCACCCAUCAACACAUUCCUUACAGGGAAAAUAAAAAUUUGACUGGAACUGCAAGAUAUGCUAGCAUGAAUACUCACCUUGGCAUUGAACAAAGUCGAAGAGAUGAUUUAGAGUCUCUUGGUUUUGUUUUGAUGUACUUCCUGAGAGGGAGUCUUCCUUGGCAGGGACUUAAAGCAGGAAACAAGAAGCAAAAGUAUGAGAAAAUUAGUGAAAAAAAGGUUUCUACAUCGAUUGAAGCCUUGUGUCGGGGUUAUCCAACAGAAUUUGCAUCAUACUUCCAUUACUGUCGCUCAUUAAGGUUUGAUGAUAAGCCAGAUUACGCUUAUCUCAAAAGGAUAUUCCGUGACCUGUUUAUUCAGGAAGGAUUCCAGUUUGAUUAUGUGUUUGACUGGACUAUCCUGAAGUAUCAGCAAUCACAGCUUGCCACACCUCCAGCACGGGCCGUCAUUCCUGGUACUGGAACCAGUUCUGCAAUGCCUCCUGUUACCAAUACAGGAGCAGAAGAAGGGCAACCUCCUGGCUUUGUAUCAGUGGAUUCCUCGAGGCGUAGAAUGUCAGGACCCAUUUUGAAUACUUUAUCGAGUGCCAAUGUCUUGGGUCAGUCAAGUGGAUCAUCCAGGCGAGUUGCUGUUUCUAAUAGUCGUGAUGCAUUUGUUGGUGCUGAAUCAGAUGUCCGUACACGCACUGCUGAGGCUAGCCCUGGAGCAGCACACAGAAUUUUGGCUGGGCAAAGAAGUUCACCAAUUGGGUCUUCUGAUCCUCAGAGAGUAACACGGGCUGGGAGAAAUGCUUCUCAAGCCAAUAAUUAUGAAAGUGCCCUUAGGGGCAUGGACGGUUUGCAGUUAGAAAAUGAGGAGAGGACUCAUUAUUAAUAUCUCACCUUCUCAUCUUGUGAGUUGAUAGCCACCACAAAAGCAAAAGCUGCUUUAUGUUGUGAAGUUGAGCUGUGAAAAAGUUUGGAUCUAAACUUGAAAAUCCAAGUUUGUGUUGCUAACUCAUCUGCUCAAUCGAGGGAUUGUGCUUUUCUGUAAAGUUCAGAUUUAAUUGGCACUUCACUUCUGGCCGGAACACCUAAAAUUAUAACAUCUUUUCCUGUGAGUUGUAUUGGUAUACUAGAUGUUUACGGGUCACGUGGACCACAAAGGUCAAAAUUAUCAAAUGUAAUUAGCCAUUGACAUUGUAUUCUUGUUGGAUAAGAUUCCUUGAGUCUCCACUAUGCAAGUACCUGGAAAUUAUUCCGGUAUUUGAAACUCGGAAUGUUUUACCUUGUCUGGUUUGUAUCAAGCUGAAAUCAUAUUAUCUCAUCAGCUUUCCUGUUGCCAUUUUCAUAGUAAACCUGUAUGUCAAAUGAUUUUACUCUGCAAAAA